AUGCCCGAUCUACGUCGCCAGGUCCUGGAGAGCGGUAAGACUGUCUCGCGCAAGGCAGCUUCCCGUGAAGCGUCCCGCACCAACUCCCCCGCCAGUUCGAAGCCGGUCUCGCGCCAGGGCUCUCGUAAUGCAAGCAGAGCUCCUUCGGAUGAUGAGGACUCGGGAUUCCUCUCUGAUGAAACAUCUAUGAGUAUCGGAUCAUUUGACGAUGAGAACCCCGAACAAGAUAAUCCCGAUUGGGAGCAUGAUCUCAGCCAGCGCAUUCAAGAAAUUCUCGAUCGCAAGCGCAGCAGUGUUCAAGGUCGCGAAGAGGCCCUGCAAGCAUUCUGCCGCCUGACCAAAUAUCACUAUACAGUGGAAGAAAUUCAUGGCGUUGUUCCAGACCUACUGGCGGCAUUUGAGCGAAGCGUCCGCACCGAGGUCAGUGUGCGCGAAGCAACACUUGGCUUGCGCGCUAUCGAGUUGCUUGUCAUCUCAGCCUUCGACAACACCGUCUACGAAAACACCGAACCCUUGCUCACCCGCACCGUCCGUGACUCCACCUCCCCUCUUGUCAAGACAGCCGCUAUUCACUGCCUCGGGGCAUGCACUAUCUUCGGAGGUGCCGGCGAAGAUGGCAUCCUUGAGCAAAUGGGUUUCCUCCUGGACAUCAUUGCGUCCGAUGGCCAAUCCAUCGAUGCCACAGAUGACCCCACCAUUGUGACCGCCGCGCUCCAGCAAUGGGGAUUCCUCGCUACCGAAAUGGAUGAUUUCGAAGAAGAAAGCGAAGAAGCAGUCCAAAUAUUCAUGGACCAACUCGACAGCUCUGAUUCCAAUGUGCAGAUCGCAGCAGGCGAGAACAUUGCCCUGCUCUAUGAGAAGAGUUACACCCCCGAAGAGGAAGAAGAAGAUGAAGAAAGCGCAGAUUCAGACGAGGACAGCGACGAGCACGAGCACGACGCCACAUCCGGUCCCAAGCUCGUAAAACGAUACAACGCUUACCACAACACUCCCGAGCUGGAGAGCCAACUUCAGAAGCUGGCUACUAUCCACGGUAAGCAGAUCAGCAAGCGCGACAAGAAGUCUCUUCACAGCAACUUCGCCUCCAUCCUCACUACCGUCGAGAAUCCACGCCGCGGUCCUCGCUACAACACCGCCAUUGACCAGAACACCAACCGCCACUACGGCAGCACCCUCACUGUCAAGAUCGGCCGCCACGGAGUUAUGACUAUCGAUCGCUGGUGGAAAUGGUUGCGACUCAAUGCUCUGCGCCGCAUCUUGCAGGGUGGCUUUUCCGAACACUAUUUCCAGGGUAACCGAUCCGUUCUCAACAGUCUUCCUGUUAUGAUGCGCAUGACAAACCAGGGUCACGGCUCGGUGGACCGACAGAGUGCGCGCAAGGCAGCCAAGCUGCGUAACUCGCGUCGCUGGACUACUCAUCAAUCCGAUGAUGAGGAGUAA